AUGCAGACUUUUCAAAAGCCUGAAAAUGCUCUCAAGAGGGCGAAUGAGCUCCUCUCCAUCGGCCAGCAAGAUGCUGCACUCCGCAUCCUCCACACUGCGAUCGGCCACCGGAGAUUCAGAUCUCAAGGCUGGGACGCCGUUCAGGAGGCGAUAAUGCUGCGUCACGUACAGCUAUGUGUGGACGAGGGGAAACUUCGACUGGCUCGCGAUGGCCUUCACCAGUACCGCAUCGUCUCCCAGCACGCCAACACGCAGUCUCUCGGAAAAGUAGUCGGGGAGCUGCGUGCACGAGCAGAGGCGCGACUUGCCGCAGCGAAGGCCAAAGCUGGCGAUGAAGAGCCGAAUGUACCUGAGGAUCUGGAUAUCGAGGCAGAAACUCCAGAGAAUCUGUUGCUCUCCACACUGCAGGUAGAAAUCCGUUCCGCAGAGGCGCGCGAUGUUCACCAAGCUCUUCGCGCCGAGUGGGAUGUUUACAAGAUAAUCUUGGAUUUGUUGAGGACUACACCGAAGCUGGAAAAGGUUUAUCACGACACGGCACGUCGCGCCUUCCAGUUUUGCAAGGAGAACAAGCGGCAGCAGGAGUUUCGGCGUCUGUGUGACAUGUUGCGCUCUCACUUCGCGCUGAUGCUGAAAAACAGAAACAAAGAAGACCAUGAGCUGCUCCUCCGGCCUGAGCUGCACUUGGAGACGCGCAUGCAUCAGCUAGCGGUGGCUGCGGAUCUCGAGCUGUGGCGUGAGUGCUCCUCGACUGCGGAGGACGUCUACAACUUGGGCUUGCACGAGCUUUUUCAUCGCUCCCUCAGAUCGCCUGUGGAUCUCUUCCACAAGUCCAGAGAGAAGCUUCUGCGCUGGAUGGCUCUCUUCUACGAAAAACUCAGCAAAGUCUUCUGGGUUGGAGAGAACUUCCUCUUCCAUGCACUUGCGUGGAUCCGCUUCUUCCUCCACGUCAAAGGCUUCAAGAAAAACACUUCCCUCGAAGAUCAACAGGCUAUGGCAGACGUGGCUGUGCUCGCCGUUCUUGCCAUACCCACUGAACACACAGAUAAGAAACAACAAGAUUUGGCGGGAGAUGCCUCUUUGAUAAGCCUUCCAAAUUACGAGCAGAAGAAGCGGCUGGCUCUUCUCUUGGGGCACAGCUCAGUUCCGACGCGAGAGAGUUUAAUUGCGGCUUUGCAGUCGAAGGAUAUCAUGGCGCAUGCAAGCAGCACCUGCCAAGAGCUUUUUUCCCUCCUGGAGGCUGAGUUUACUCCCCUCAAACUAUGCUCUUUAUGCGAGCCGCUGCUUCGGCGCCUGGAGGAGCAGCCGCUGCUGCAGCCAUACGUGGCUCCUCUGAAGCGUGUGGUAUUCUCGCAGCUUACGCAGCAGCUUUCAAAGGUGUAUGUCUCCCUUUCGAUCGAUUACUUCACCUCGCACAUUUGCACGGAGGGCUUCUUGUCAUGGGCAGAGGCAGAGAAGCUCCUCGUGGCUCUCGUCCACAGCAGCCGACGAGCAGUAGCCGCUGGCGAAGGCAGCGGCAGCGCUGCAGCAGCUGCUGCUGCAGCUGUCGAAAGCGGAGGCUUCUCCGUGAGGAUCGAUUACGCUGCUAAGGCUCUAAUUUUCGGUGGCACUGAUGUAUGCCCGGAGAGGCACGUUCAGAACAGUCUGGUUUCGCUCUCGAAGUGUCUUGACGCCGCUGUUCAGAGGCUUCAGCCCGACGAGACAGUAGAGCAUCAACAAGAACGCCUAGCGUACCAGGAGGCUAUGGGCAGACGGCUGCAGGCAGAAGCAACUCGAAUGAACGAGCGGCUGCGACGGACCAAUCUGCGCCGUCUUGAGAAGCAGGAGGAGCAGCAGAAGCUGGAGGAAGAGAGGAGAAGGAGGGAAGCGGAGCAGAGACGCGUGGAAGAGAAGCAGGAAAGAGAUCGCCGAGAAGAGGCGUGCAAGCGGCGCGUUGAGAGGCGUCAGCACGAGGAGAGGAUCAAGGCACGCAGCGAGACGGCGGCUCUUAUGUUGAGCGAGAUCCGAAAGAUUGGAGGCAAGGACAGUAAGAUUCUUAUCAAGGGAAAACACUUGACGGAUAUCAACAUCGAAGACGUGCUGGAGGGAUACGUCGACUAUGAUGAUCUCGAGAGAGCGCAGAGGCUGCAGCUGGAUAAGGAACGUCUGCUGCGUGUUCGCCAGCGCCGCUUGAAUUUCAAGAGAGUCUGCCACUUCAUUAGGGCUUGCAGGGAGGAGGAACUGCCUCUCCUCGAUGAAUGGGCAAAGAAACAGCUCGAAACCGAUAAACAGAUCCUAACGCAAUUGCAGUACAAACACGAAGAAGAGCAUCGCGCAGCCUUUGCGGCUGCAUUGGAGGAAAAGACUGCAUUUGAAGGGAUUCAAGAGGACAAGCGGCUAUGGGUAGCUCGGCAGCUGCAGCAGCGGCGGGAGGGGUUUGCUGCAGCCGCUGCAGAGCAGCGUCAGAGACUCAUUCGCAUGCUGCAGAUUCAAAAGAUACAGCGGGCGAGGGAAAGACGAGAAGAGGCUAUCCGCAAGCAGAGGCAGCUGGAGGAGCAGCGGCGGAUUGAAGAAGAGCAGAGACGUUUCCUGGAGGAAAGGGAGAGGCAGCGGGCUGAAGAGGAGGCUAAAGAGAAGAGGCUUCUCGAGAUUGCAGAGAGGCAGAGACAGCGAGAUCUAGAGAUCGAGGCGAAGCAUGGCCUUGCCAAUCGCGAGAGCACCGGCAGGAGGAAUGAUGCACAAACUGUCAGCAGGAAGUCUGACUCCCCAGUGAGCGGUCUGAGCGCACAGUCGACGCCUCCGUCGCCGUGCAGAGACGCAGGGCAGCCACAGCAGCAACAGCAGCAGCCACAGCAGCAACAACAGCAGCAACAACUUGAGUGGAGGCGCAGCACUCCGCUGCCUACUACAGAGCGAGAACGAGAGAGUUCCUUCAAGAUCCGAGAUGAGCCGUUUAUCCGUCGAGGCGAAAAAGCCCCAAUGGCAGCUACGACAGCCGGCGGAAACGAAGCUCUCAAUUGGCGCAACAUGAAUCGCGAUACACAAAAGCAACAGCAGCCUCCACAGAGCUUCCCCGUGCGGCAGCCACGACCAGAGCAGCAGCAGCAGCAAGCAGAGAUACCCCAAUCCGAGGAAGAUGGCUUCACCCGUGUGCGCCGCAGGAAGUAA